AUGUGGAUUGAAGAAAAUGUAGAACAUUCCAAGUCAUCCAACCCAAUAUUCUCACUAUGUUGCAAGAAGGGUAAAGUCGUUCUUCCACCAUUGCAAAAACCGCCUCAGCUGUUGAGCGACCUUCUGGAAAAUAGGCACGAAAAGAGCAAGAAAUUUAUCGAGGAUAUUCGUGCUUAUAAUAUGAUGUUCUCAUUCACCUCGAUGGGUGGAAAAUUGGAUUAUUCCAUAAAUCAAGGUGUCGGACCAUAUACGUUUCGGUUGAGAGAUGAAGAAAUACAACAUCGAAAAAAUGUUGUGAGCAAAGGAAAAUCCAAUGACUUCGAUGAUUCUAUUGUGAAUGACCUGAAACAAAUGAUCGACGAGAGCAGUCCAUAUGCAAAGAUUUAUAGAAUGGCUGCUGAUCAUAUUUCACGAGAUAACUCAGUGGAUGUGAAGCUUCGUCUUAUAGGAAAGAGAUCAAGAGAUGGAAGGACAUACAAUAUGCCAACUACAACAGAGGUGGCUGCUCUUAUUGUUGGAGAUUUUGAGUGUAUGCCUGAUAAGAGAGACGUAAUUGUUGAGAAGAGAAACGGUGAACUCCAGUGCAUCAAUGAAUUUCAUCCUUCAUACCUUCCUCUUCAAUACCCACUUAUAUUUAUUUAUGGAGAGGAUGUAUUUUAUCUAGACAUUCCACAUAAUGAAUCUCAAUCCAGUGCUCUCGCCAAAAAGAGAAAGACAAAAAAGAAUGAAUCUCAAUCCAGUGAUCCCUCCAAAAAGAGAAAGAGAAAUGAAGAAGAGUCGGAAGAGAGCAAAAGGAAUACGCUCACAUUGAGGGAAUUCUUAGCAUUCAGAAUGCAAGACAGGGAAGAUGAAGUACAACUUCUUCUUUCUAGACGUUUGCUUCAACAAUUUAUUGUUGACGGAUACACCAUGAUGGAAACUCAAAGGCUACAAUGGAUCCGUUACAACCAACCAUCUCUUAGGUCGGAAAUAUACAAUAAUCUUAAUGAUUCAAAAAAUAAAGGAAACACAGACAGUUCAUGUGUUGGCAAGCCUCUCAUUCUUCCAUCAUCUUUCACCGGAGGGAAGCGGUACAUGAUUCAGAAUUAUCAAGAUGCUAUGGCUAUUUGCAGGUGGACUGGAUAUCCAUCAUUGUUUAUUACUUUCACAUGUAAUCCGAAAUGGCCUGAGAUAUCGAGAUUUGUUAAAAAAAGGGGACUGAGGCCGGAAGAUAGGCAAGAUAUAUCCGUUCGUAUCUUCAGAAUCAAACUUCGCGAACUUUUGGUUGAUUUGAAGAGCGGUAAGGUUUUUGGCCAACCAACUGCACUUGUUGCAACCGUCGAAUUUCAUAAGCGAGGGCUCCCUCAUGCUCACAUCAUUCUUUUUAUUAAGAGUGAAGAUCAGCGUUACUUGAUAGAGAAUAUAGAUGAUUUCAUAUGUGCAGAAAUUCCAAAGAAAGAGGAAAAUCUCGAACUAUAUAACGCAGUUGCUGAAUGUAUGAUGCACGGUCCUUGCGGUCCAGACAGAUUAAACUCACCUUGCAUGGUGAAUUCAAAGUGCUCAAAGAGAUACCCGAAGGACUACACUGAUCAUACAAAACUUGAUGAUAACGGAUACCCAACCUAUAUGAGGAGAGACGCGGGAAUAACCGUGGAUAAAAAUAGAAUCUUACUUGAUAAUAGGUUCGUUGUUUCGUACAAUUCAUAUUUAAUUUUGAAGUAUCGAGCUCACAUCAAUGUUGAGUUCUGCAAUCAGGGUCAAUCCGUGAAGUAUCUUUUCAAGUACAUCAACAAGGGCAGUGACAGGAUGGGUGCCAGAAUAACUAAGACCAAUAACGAUGAAAUUAGUGAGUACGUCGAUUGUAGAUACAUUUCUGCGUGCGAGGCUAUGUGGAGAAUAUUUGAGUUCAAAAUUCACCAUCGGACUCCGCAUGUAGAACGUUUGUCUUUCCAUUUGGAGGGAGAGCAAACAUGUGUGUUUAGAGAAGGCGAUUACAUUGAUAAUGUGUUGGUCAAGAAUACCAUUGCAGAAUCUCAAUUUCUACAAUGGAUGGAAAUAAAUAAAACAGAUCCAGAUGCUCGGAAGUUGUUGUAUAAUGAGCUUCCACAACACUACGUGUGGAAUGCAACGGAUCAAGUAUGGACCAAAAGAGACCGAGGUUUUGGCAUUGGACGCAUCUUCCAUGUCGCCCCGUCCGCUGGAAAAAUAUAUCAUCUUAGGAUACUACUGAAUCAUGUGAGGGGUGCAACAUGUUAUGAGGACUUUCGUAGGGUGAAUGGAGAACUAAAAGAGAGUUAUAAGGAAGCAUGCUAUGCAAUGGGUUUGUUAGACGACGAUAAGGAAUACAUCGAAGGAAUUAUUGAAGCAAGUUCAUGGGAUUUGCAGCUAACGGAUGAACAAAUAAAAAAUAUCACGUUGGCUGAAAUUGAAAAGUUACUCAUUGCUAACUCCAGCAGUCUAAUUCAUUUUCCUGGCAUGCCCACACCAAAUGAAACUAUUAUCUCUGACGCUGAAAACCCGCUCAUAUUGGAAGAGACAUCUUACAACAUGGAAGACAUGAGGGCAGAGCACGCUAAGCUAUAUCCAUGUUUAACGGAUGAGCAAAGGAUGGUUUAUCAGAAGAUAAUUAACGCAAUUGAUAGUGGUAAAGGUGGACUUUUCUUUCUAUAUGGUCACGGUGGUACAGGAAAAACAUUUAUCUGGAAGACUUUAUGCUCCGCCUUACGUGGGAGGGGUGAUAUUGUACUACCAGUUGCCUCAAGUGGCAUAGCUUCAUUACUACUUCCUAAAGGUAGGACUGCACACUCCAGAUUUGGUAUACCCUUAGACUGUGAUGAGAACUCAACAUGUAGCAAGAUCAAACCUGAUAGUGAUCUGACCGGACUCCUUAAGAAGACAAAGCUCAUUAUUUGGGAUGAGGCGCCAAUGACGCAUAGAUAUUGUUUUGAAGCUCUCGAUAGGAGUCUAAAGGAUGUGCUACGGUCACCUACAGGAAUUUAUUCUUCAAAACCAUUUGGCGGUUUAGUCGUUGUCUUAGGUGGAGAUUUCAGACAAAUACUACCAGUCGUGCCAAAUGGUAGCAGGCAUGAUAUUGUCAACGCCUCAAUAAGUUCUUCUAAACUUUGGAAUCAAUGCAAAGUUCUUAAAUUAACUAAGAACAUGAGAUUGCAGAAUUGCACAUCAGGAUCAGAGGCUGAAGAUACCAAGAACUUUGCAGAAUGGAUACUUAAUGUAGGCGAUGGUAUUGCUGGCGACACUUUUGAUGAUGGAGAAGCUGAAGUGAAAUUAUCCGAUGAUAUUCUUAUACGAAAUGCAGCUAAUCCUAUUGCAUCUAUAGUGAGCAGUACAUAUACAGAUGGUUUGAAUACAGAGUCAGAUCCAGAAAAAUUUAAGGACAAAGCUAUCUUGGUACCCACGAAUGAAAUGGUGGAUACGAUCAAUGAUUACGCUAUGUCUUUAAUGUCGGCCGAAGAAAAAGUAUACCUUAGUUCAGAUAACAUUUGCAAAGCGGAUGGAGAAGUGGAUGUUGAUGAUGAAGUGUUUUCUGUUGAAUAUCUCAACACAAUCAAGUGUUCAGGAUUGGCAAACCACGAAAUAAAAUUGAAGAAGGGAUGCGUCAUCAUGCUUCUUAGAAAUAUCGAUCCGUCCAAUGAGUUGUGCAAUGGAACGAGGAUGAUAGUUACAGAAGUAGGAGAACGUGUGAUUGAAGCAAAACUGAUUUCAGGAAAUAAUAUGGGUAAGAAAUUCCCAAUUGCUAGAAUGGUCAUGAGUCCGUCGGAUUUCACUAAAUUUCCGAUCCGAGGCUAUAUGCGGAUCUACAAUUCUGGAUUUGGAAAUUUCGCCUUCAAGCAAAAGCUUAUGAAGGUUACUGUAGAUUCAGGUUUGAAGUGA